CUGAGCAAACAGCAUCGGUUAUUUCUUCUCUUUGCAACAAUGCUGCUCUAUUGCCCUGCAUUAAUCAUAUCGUUGUCACUGGCAGUGGCAGAGGCCUCCGAUAAGCUGUCGUGUUACGUGUGUGGAACUGAGCACAGCAGCGCAACACUGGAAACUUGCGAAUACUUCACAGGUUCUCCGAGGUGGAAACCCUACGAGGUGAUUUGUCCUGAGAACAGUGUUUGCGCUAAGAUCGUUCCCGCGUACAAGGGGAACGUGUCGAGAUCGUGCGCGCCAAAUGAGACGAGCACUGGCAAAAAAAUCCAACUGGGAUGCUACGUGACCGGCACAACAGAGGAGGACAAGGCGACAUAUUGCUACUGCAACAAAAACCAGUGCAACACGGCUCACUGCCUUGACAGUGACUUUGUCAAUUUUCUCUUUGUCAUCGCGUCGCUCUGCUUAGCAAACUGGUAUUUGGAAGGCAGGUAGAGAGAGAGAGAAAAAAGGUCUCACCUGUGAGAUGCAAGCUUGUACUAAAUUGGGCGGGAACAUGUUUCUGAAAGAAGAUUAAAUACGACAUUUACAAAGUGAAUUCACCAGUUGCAUAAACCCUAAGUGUUCGAAGCCGCCAACAGUUGGCGCCACCGUAGACUUUCGAUUUUAAGGCACUUCCGCUGC